UAAAUAAUUAGGCCUAUAAGAAAAUGAGACAGCCUAGGCCAACUCAUAAUUUGGGAAGCUCAAACUUGGACUGAAACUGUUCAUUGCGCAUAUGUAGGCCUACUACUGUAGAUGGUUUCAAACCACGAAGAGACAUGAUUGCACGUUUGGGGUAUGUGAGACGGUUGCCACCUUCUGGUAGUAACCUCGGCUAUGACACAAGUAUAGCGCAUGUUCGUGGAGGUGGACCACUCGCAUGUAGCCUACAGUAGUGGCAGUGGACAGCAGCCGGUGCUGAAAAAAAGACCUAGGCAUCAGCGAUUCGACUGCAAUAUGGACCUCGUACUUCCAGCUAUUCAACUGUAUAUUCACUUUCUAUUAUUACUUUUUAAAUAGGCUGUAUACGGUGCAUAUUUUUCGUGAACGCACCAACUGUUGGAGGACUUGCAAGUCAGUCGAUCCUGACAUUGUAUGCAGAGUCUUUUCUUGACUGACCACGCGUUGUAUAAAUGCCCUAAAUGCCUAGAAUUGAGCAAACGCAUCGAACUUCCGAUGUGAUGAAUCUAUUCAAGAGGAAAAUUACUCGGCUAAGAUGGGUAAUAAGCAAACGAUAUUUACUGAUGAACAGCUCGAUGCUUACCAGGACUGCACUUUCUUCACACGCAAAGAAAUCCUACGGUUACAUGGCAGAUACCAUGAACUGGCCCCACAUCUAGUACCAAUGGACUACACCAAUGACCCUGAUGUCAAAGUACCGUUAGCGCUGAUAGUAGCAAUGCCAGAGUUAAAUGAGAACCCUUUCCGGAACAGGAUUGUGGAGUCUUUCUCAGAGGAUGGCCUGGGGAACCUCAGCUUUAAUGAUUUUGUUGACAUGUUUUCUGUCCUUAGUGAAAUGGCUCCCAGAGAGCUGAAGGCCAUAUAUGCCUUCAAAAUAUAUGAUUUCAAUGUGGAUAAUUUUCUGUGCAAAGAGGACCUUGAGAAGACUCUAAACAAGCUGACACGGGAGGAGUUGACCCCUGAAGAGGUCAACUUGGUGUGUGAGAAGGCCAUCGAAGAGGCUGAUCUGGACGGGGACAGCAAGCUCUCCUUCGCAGACUUUGAGAACAUGAUUACUAGGGCUCCUGACUUUUUAAGCACCUUCCACAUUCGAAUCUGAGAGGACUAAAUGGAAAGGUUCCAUUUAACCACAGCACCUGUCUUUAAUAUGUCAAAAGAUAUCUCGCUCUGUCUGCAGUGUGUCUGCUGAAUUUGGAAAGGACAGGCUGGGUUCUCAGGAUCCUGGACCUCUUUCUGCUGACAAUUUUGUUCCUCUCUUAUGGAGCACAAUUUGCUUCAUGUUUUUAUCCAGUAAACCUCAUUUGGAUGAAAAAUCUUAAACUGAUGGGGAGCAGAUUUUUUAAUUUUUAAAAGAGAGGAACAGGACAUCAACAUUAGGGGUUUUGGAUAAUGUACCUCCCUCCCCCUCCUAUAUGAGGACUUAUCUGCAGAUCUGAGACUGCACAAGAAGGACCUGUGCAUUCUGUUCUAUAUUGUAAGUGUGCUGCACAUUAGACACCCUUAUAAUGACUUCCCUUUGCAGCCUUCUAGAGACAGACUGAAAAACAUACCUGGUGUGCAUUAAGGCAAAGCUAGAAGACACAGAGACAAUUGAAAGCACAGCACUGGCACCAUCUUAACACAGACACAUAGACAGUGUUUUAUACUAGCUAUGCAAUAUUACUUCUUGAGACGCAUGAACUUGAUUGUGUUUUUCCUGUGAUAGGUUGCUUUAGAUGUUUCAGGUUUUGUUAUUGCUUUAGGAACUGGAGCAUGAUGACAAUCAUAUCUUACUGUUCUCCAGUUGAAUAAAGGGCUCUGUCAUCUUGACUGCAUCUGGUUAGCCUCUGCCAGUCACCUUAUAUAUUUAUACUGUGUUCAAAUAGAUCUUUCCUGUCUUAUCUUGAGGUGUGAGCGUUUAUUAUCUAUUGACUAAACAUUUUCAGUAUUUUAUGUGAAUUAGGGCAUUUGGCUUAACUUUGAAUAAAU